AUUUGUUAUCCGUGAUACCCGGAAGUGUUUAUCUCUCCAGGUGAGGGCGUAAGGUCCAAAGUUGAGAGGUGACAAUACUCCGCUGGACGAGACGUUUAAACAGAUCUCUGGCAUGUCUGAAGUGAGCGACCAGCUGCCCGCAGACCCCAUCUCUGCAGUCGGAGUAGUCACUUCGCCUAGCAAGGUCCCAGAUGGCUACUUUGUUGUUGCACAAACAACAGAUGGCUGUGACGCCGACCUGUGGAAGGACGGCUUAUUCAAAUCCAAGGUCACCCGCUACCUGUGUUUCUCCAGAAAAGCUGGCCCCGACGUCGUCGUGGACGUGAAGCUGACUGACAUUAAGGACGCGUUGCCAGAGUCCUUCACGUUCGUGCAAGAAACAAUGGACACAAAGGAACCUGCCACGAGGAAGAGGAGGAUCUGUGUGAAAAUGAGCCCUCGUGAGGCUGCCAAGACGGCUGUAUGUGACAUCCAGAUCGUUGCGAAGUCCAAGUACCAUCUUGUUAACUACACCUGUAUAGGUGAGAUAAACAAUAUGGGAAUAUGGUACGUGAUGAGAGAUCUACCACAGCUUCAGUCUUCCCAGAAAACGUCAAGCACGACUCAACUUGAGGUUCUACCCAGCCCAACAAGGAAGAAUGUGACCAGGCCACACUGGGACCACUACAGCAGCGGAGUCUACACCAUGACAGUAUGCCUGAUCUACCGACGCUCCAUCGCUAGAAGUUCUCACACGUGGACGCUGCACGGAGCUUCGCUUAUCUCGGUGAACGUGACUUCCCGGAGGAGCUCGGCAUUACACUCCAGAGAACGCUUAACAGCUGUCAAACAUGAUCCACCCCAUGCCAUACUUACAUAUGUAACCUGCAUGCACUGGACGAACUCCUUUCUCUUUGUCAAGGAGGAAUUCAACGGUACAAUGGCCUGUGACUAAAAAAAAAAAAAGAAAAGAAAAUGAAAUGAUGAAAAAAACAACAGCUAAUUCGUUAAAAAACUGAGCUAAACUAUGACAGCCUCAGCCAUCGAGCCGGAGCCGGCGGAGACGCUCUAGCCUUACGCAGGGUGUGAGCCACACGAGGUGAACGAGGCAGGCAGGUUUUUAUCCAGCUGGAGAGAGACACCAUGUGGUGAGGAUCCCUCCUGCUGCUCUAGUGGAGGCACACCCAUGGUUAUGCUAUGGCCAUGUAGCCUAUUUAAUACAUCUUCUAACUCUUAUAUGAAACGAUUCCCUAUAUAAUUUAUUGUAUUCCACUUAUUUGGAGAAAUACAUUUAUUUGGUAUUUAUUGUCUCUUAAUAUAUGUUUUAUGUAAAAAAACAAAAAAUAAAUGAAAAUAAAAGAAAUUAAAGAAAAGCUAAACACAGCCAACAGUGUAUGAAUGAAAAAAUUCCAAACAUAUUAACACAUCAUUUUUUACGUUAGUCAGGACAAGCGAAUCCCUGUAGAAGCCGACAUUAACACACAGCUGAGCGGUUUGUGGCAUUUGGUGUGGGAUUCCUCCACCGGGACGGGCUUUGAGUGACAGUGAAGCACAUGCACAUACUGUACAGUGCGCUGCCAGCAGUUAUCAUUUAUCUCCCGAAAAACUGCAG